AUGUUGUCUGUUGAAAGCCAUGACAAGCUUUCACUCUCUAUCUGGCCAAGUCAUGUUGUUCCACAGGGACAGCAUGUAGAACUUCAAUGUGACUCUCAUAGUGAGUCUUACGUGUUCAAGUUGCACAAAGAAAAUGGAGAUCCUACCUCUCCAAUCCCUGAAAGAUUUUUCCAAAGGAGCCUUGUCUUGGGUCCAAUAACACCAGCAUAUGCAGGAAUCUACAGAUGCUACGGUUUUCAUGGACAAUCCCCUAAUAAACCUGCAGCACAAAGUAACCCUCUGAAGAUCAUAAUUUCAGGAAUCUACGAGAAGCCUUUCCUCUUGGCUCCACAAACACCCCUGGUCAAUUCAGGAGAGAAGGUGAUCCUGGAGUGUCAUUCAGAGAUUAUGUUUGACACCUUCAUUUUGACUUCACAAAGAAAGGAAAUAAUUAAUUGUUAUACAGAAUCCCAUCUUGGAGGGUCCCAUGCCAUCUUUUCAAUAGGUCCUAUGACAUCUGCCCAUGCUUGGAAUUACAUAUGUUAUGGUUCCUUCAAUCAUACCCCAUAUGAGUGGUCCAAAUCCAGUGACCCUAUUGACAUAAAGAUCACAGGUUUAUACAAGAAACCUUCCCUGGCAGCCCUGAUGGGCCCUGUAGUGAUGUCAGGAGAGAACAUGACCUUGGCCUGCAUCUCAGACCAUCAGUUUGACAUGUUCCAUCUGUCCAGAGAAGGGGUACCUCAUGGACAUGGGCAGCCUGCUGUGCAGAGUCACAAUGGGGCAUUCCAGGCCAAUUUCUUUCUUGGUCCUGUAAUCCAUAAAGGGAACUAUAGAUGCUAUGGCUUUUUCAGGAACUCCUCCCACAUGUGGUCUUCCCCAAGUGACCCCUUGUACGUUCCUGUCACAAGUAAGAAAGUCUCAGAUAUAUACGUUCCUGCAGAUACAGAAACUGAUAACCACAAGAACCAGAAUGUUGUGAUUGGGCUGUCAGUGGCCAUGAUCCCUGUGUUCCUCAUCGUCCUCCUUUGCUCUUGUUUCUCUGCCAAAAAGAGUAAGUCUCGGGAACAAGCCAGUGAGCGUCAUCUGCAUAGUGUGAGAAUGCAAGACCGGAGGAAUUCAGCCAACAUGGAUCCAGAGUCUGAAGUGAGAACAAGCCUGAACAGACAGGACCCUGAGAGACAAGAAAUUCAGGAAGUGACAUACACAGAAUUUGAUCAGAUUAUCUUCAAACAAAACUUGACCGCGAAGGUUUCCCAGUUUCCUGAGGAAUUUUCCACUUACCCCAGUGUGUACAUGACAAUGAGCAAAUGA